AUGCCUGGGAAUGAGGCUCCCUCUGCAUUAACUCCUUCUUCUGCAGUAUGUGGGGCUCUGAAGAUCCUCCCAGAAGUAAAGCUGGAUGGAGAACUGGGUGGAUCUAUUACCAUCGAGUGCCCGCUUCCUAAAAUAAACGUGAGGAUGUAUCUGUGCCGGGAGAUGGUGAAACCUGCAAUCUGUUCCACGGUGGUAUCCAAUAACUUCAUCAAGAAGGAAUAUGACAGUCGAGUCACUUUGAAGCCGUGCUUACACAAGAAUUUGUUCCUAGUGGAGAUGACAGAACUGACCGAGAGUGAUAGUGGAGUUUAUGCCUGCGGAGUGGGCACGCACACAGAACGGGGCAAGACCCAGAAGGUCACCCUGAAUGUCCACAGUGAGUACAAUCCAUUCUGGGAGGAGGAGCUGAUAUCUGAGCCUCCAAAAUGGUUUCAUAAAUUUCUGGAGCAGCGGAUGCCCACUUGGCUCCAGAUGGUUGCACAUGCCAGUUCUUCUGAAUCCACAUCCAAAGUUACCACACCAACCCAAAGGACUGACGACCCUCCAGAGCCCUACCCUUCCCCCACCACACCAAUAAUUCAUCAUCCUCGAGAAUCCAGAGCAUUCUCAGUAGCAGCUGCCAAGCCCUCAACCGUUCUGCCACCCACCACAACAUCAAAGACUUCAACUCAGGAGGGGCUGCUCAGGCCCCCAGGGGCCAGCUACAAGCAGCACACUAGGUUGCAUGGGCAGAGAGAAUUCAACCGUGGUCCAGAGUUUGGAAGGGAGGAUCAAGGAUUUCACAUCCUGAUCCCAACUGUCCUGGGUCUUCUCCUGCUGGCCCUUCUGGGGCUGGUGGUAAAAAGAGCGAUUCAAAGGAAGAGAGCCUUCUCCAGGCGGGUCCGCCGAAUGGCGUUGAGGAUGCGCGCCCUGGAGGCCUCCCAGCGGCCCCGGGAGCAGCGGCCCAGAUUGCGGCGGCCGCGCUCCCAGAACAUCUACAGCGCCUGCCCCCGGCGCGCUCCAGAGUCUAACGCUGGCGGUGAGCGGAAGCUGGUGGCUGGCGGGAUGGUGCGCCUGGCGCCAGGUUCUGGGGGAGCAGGACUCCCCUCACCCACCCCGCGCCGCCGCCUUACAUCCUCAGGAUUCCCGCAAGAUGGGGCGGGGCGGGGGCGGAACAGGAGGCUCCAUCUCGCCCUUACAUCAGCACUCCCAUCCCCCUUAGGCCAGAAGCAGGUCCCUCCUGCUGAUCCUGGAACAUCUGCGCCCUCAGCCCCGCCACAGGUGCUCGAAGCUCCCUGGCUCCAUACCCCAUGUCUGAAGACCAGCUGUGAAUAUAUGAGCAUCUGCCACCAGCCUGCUGUCAAGAGGGAGGACACUGAGUCAAAUGAUUACAUCAAUAUUCCCAGCCUGACUCACCCUCCUAGCUGUACCCCUGCAGCCACACCUUGAUGACAAUAAGUCUUGUCUGUCUGCUAAUUUCCAAUGACUGCUCCAUCCCCUCACAGAGCCCUGAUCACCUUGCAUGCCCCCAUCUAUCUGUGCCUUGAGCAUGGCUCUGCCCCACAUAAUCUUGCACACCUUUGUACCCCACACUGUGUGCCUCGAGGAGUCUGGGUGUGCAUAGCAUUUGUCUCAAUGCUGCCUGCUUCCUUUUCAAACCAUGUAACAGACUGUGGCAUUUGCAGUGUCUUUGGUCACAGGGACUUUGCCGCUCUGGCUCUAGAUCACAUGGCAUUAGUAUGGAGUGUAGGCAUAGCUGCCAUUUCAGAAGCCCUUCCCAAGCUUAGGCCUCACACAAACAGACAGCUUCUGGGUUGCACUUCAUGAGGAUGGGCCUCAGCCCUGUGAGCUAGGCAGGGCCUGGUAUGAUAACACUCCUAGGAAGGACUUUGCCUUGACCCAAAGGCUGGAACUUGCUAGUGUGAAACUAUUUAUCUCCUGUCCAAUUUACUUUGAUGUUAUAAAGUAUCCUACAUUCUCAGAACCAACAUUGUUAGUGACAGUGAUAUAUAUAUAUAUAUAUAUAUAUAUAUAUACACCAAUCCUCUUUAGUCUAAGUCUCCCUCAUUUGCUAUAGAAAAGUACCCUGACCCUAGCAGCUCCUGCUCUUUUAGACACAGUCUUUGUUUCCUCCUUACCCUUCUUCUACAUCCUAACCCUGAUAGAACACUCAUUUUUGGUCUGUUUUAGUCAUCCCAAGUCAUUACCUCUCUCUGCUUUAAAAAAUGUCCCUCAUCUUUUUGCCAGGUCCAGACAACAUAUAGCAAAGUGGGAAGGAAAGUAGCAUGGGGUUCUUGGAGGAUCAGGGGCUCCGCAGUAGCUCUUCUGUCAUGGAAAAGGAGACAUCCUGCCUCCUAGCAGCUCUUAAGUGUAGUCUUUCUCUUAAGUUUUUGGGGCAAGGUCAUAAUUGGAUACUAUCUUUGGAUUGAUGUGAACUACAAAGUACAGUUAGAGCUUGAGAAUGACCAUUCUUGCCAUUGAGAAGAUCUUUCCCUGAUACACAACACAGUCUCCCCAGGCACUUGCCCAGAAGUAGGGAGAACACACUGCCAGAUCUGGGAUGAGUUGCCCCCUUUAUUAGCAAGAAAUGUCAUCACAGAUUUGACAGUACCUCCAGGCACAGAGACACCAUCAGUGAUGUCAGCUUGUUGCUGUCACUUUCUCAAGUAUCAGAUAAAGGAAAAAAUGACAAGAAGAAGAAAGGGAGGGAUCCAGGGAGAAGGGAUGGUGGAGUAGGGUAGGGUGGGGAGGGGUAGGGAGUGCAGCAGGAAAUGAAAUGUUGGGUGACAAUCUGCUUUGUGCCAGGCACUUUAACCAACAUGUUAUCUUCCAUCAUUUACUUUUCAAACUAAUGCUCACCCUCACCCCAAUGUUGUGCCCCUGCAGAUAUAUGACUUCCAUGUGUUAAAGUUCAAUAUUAUAUCCUAGCAUCCCUCGUUGUUCCUCAAAAAUCCAAACACAGGUAAAAAAAAUAAAAUCCAGUUUAUUAAGUCUUAAUUGAGCACCUACCCACUGCCCCACACUGCAGCAAGGAUCAUGGGAGAUAAAAAGGGAAAUAUGGGGCACACUAUAUUCUGCUGUCUCCAGGGAAUUUAGCACCUUGCAAAUAAAUAUAACUCCAGUUGAAGCACUGGCAGUAAUUAAAUGGAGUUGUAAUCAA